CUCUGAGCUUCCUCGCGCGUGCACACUUUUUGUUCUGGUACCUCCUAAACACUGGCUGGAUGUGACAACGGGCAGCCUCUCCCCGCUUGGCUCGAUGGCAUAUGUAGGGAUUUUGCCAACACAGCCAUAUAUGUACACAGUCAUGUAUCCUUAACCUUUUUUCAACUGACUAUCUUAUUUGUUCAUUAAAUCGGCCUUUAUUCAUAUAAUGCGUAAUCCAAGAAUGUCACGACUUAAUUGACACGAGAAAACUCGAGAAAAUAGCAACUCCACAAAUCGCAAUGACUACAAUGAAUGGCUAAAUUACUUCCGGACACUAAGGUUCCGCGGAGCUCCUCCUCACAAUUCUUUAUAUUAGCGACACCCAUUCAGUAGAUAUUUGAGAAUUUUUUUGUUAUCAUCUGUUCAUGUACCAGAUUGGAAUGCAACGUUUGUUUGCUCAAGUGGUGUCCACUGUCCGUCCAGUGCAUCAGGGGGAGUUUUAAUUGCUGGUGCAACCUAUAUAGUGGUCUGAUGCAUUGCCGAAACGUCCAGACUGGAACCAAACAAUGGACAGAGUAAGCUGCCCUGCACGGGUGUCACACCAGUCCUUGAGGGCAGCUGCAGUGUCUGUGGGUUUUCCUUUCUCCAUUGCACUUAACUGAUCAGCCAAUGUUAUUGAUUUGAGGCCAAUGUACACCAGUGAUGUACUAUAUUAGUUAAUGUGCAACAUCCUGAACUUUACAGAUAGAAAUGGAAAUCUAGAUCUAGAUGACAGACAAAAUGUAUACUGCAUAAAACAUUUGUAUCUGAGCAUACGGUAAUGUUGCAGCUGAACGGGGCCCUGUUCUAAAUUAGACACUGACUAAAAGGGAAAAGGGUUAUACCUGAAUCGUGUUCAUUAGCGCGUACUGUAGAAAAACGGGUCACUGUCUUCCAUUGCGUKCCUACUGAACAUGAUCCAGCAGACACUGCGGCAGCCCUCCAGGUAUUGAGCCCAGCUGUACAGGCAUAAGCCCUGCAGGGUUUUAGUAUGGCUUCAGAGAAGAUGGAUGAUUGCAGUGGGACACUGGGGCUGAAUGUUUACGUCAAAGAGGAGGAGGAAGAGGUGCAGGUGGAGGAUUUCGCAAUGAAGGACAAGGAGGCAUUCACAGUGAAGGAGGAAGAGGAGGAGGAAGCUUUCACAGUGAAGGAAGAGGUGUUGACUUUCACAUUUAAAAAAGAAGAGGAAGAGGUUUCAACAGUGAAAGAAGAAGAGGGCGAGGUUAUCACAGUGAAAAUUGAGGAGGGUGGAGGAGAGAGGCCUAGCCCCAGCACAGAGACUAAAUGGGGCUCAAAGAGUGGAAAAAGUUCGAUACAGGAACUGGACUGGCGAGCUCCUGUGGAGAAACCUCACUGCUGUUCCCAGUGUGGCAAAACAUUCUCAGAGUCCGGAAACCUGAAGCAGCACAUGCGGACGCACAGCGGAGAGAGACCUUACCACUGCUCCAAAUGCGGGAAACGCUUCAUACAAUUGGGACACUUCAACAGCCACCAGCGCACGCACACGCAGGAGAAACCGUUCAGUUGCGGUGAGUGCGGGAAGAGUUUCUCUCAGAGAAUCAAUUUGAAGAAACACCAGCUCACACACUCCGGUGAGAGGCCUUUCCUGUGCUCUGACUGCGGGAAGAGUUUCUCUUCAUCUACCAACCUAAAAAGACACCAGAGCACGCACAGCAAUGAAAAGCCUUUCCAGUGCACCAACUGUGAGAAAAGUUUCACUCAUAUACACCACUUGACACGUCAUCAGACUGUACACACGGGGGAAAAACCUUACACUUGCUCUGACUGUGGGAGGAGUUUCUCCCUCCAGGGGACUUUAAAGAAACACCAGCGCACACACACCGGAGAGAAACCGUACCAGUGCUUGCUCUGCGGGAAGAAUUUCUCUCUUUCGGUGGCACUGAAGAGACACCAGCUCAUGCACACGGGAGAGAAACCGUACCAAUGCUCUCAGUGCGGGAAGAGUUUCACCCAAAAGGGACAGUUAACUCAACACCAGGGCACACAUGAACUAGAAAAGCCUUACCCCUGCUCCCAGUGUGGGAAAAGUUACUCCUCAGCCCCCUCGUUAAAAGCACAUCAGCGGACUCACAAAGAGUCAACGUCACUCGUAAUGACAGCACAUUUCAGAAAGUAAAUUAGUGAACUGGUUGUGUCUGAUUGGGAUUGAUAGCCUACAUUUGAAACUAUAGAUUGUGCCUUAAAUGCUUUGUCACGUUCAUGUUCAAACAAAACUCUUAGUCCCAAUUUCAUUUUCUCCCUGAAAUGUUCACUUGCACACUCCUUACAGAUUUAAAAGGAAUGGACUGGUUUGCAUUCAGUACCACAGAACGGUGAGUAACCUUGAAUUCAAUGGAAACGGCACUUAAAAACUUUGGGCCAAUUGCAACCAUCGAUGGCCACCAGAUUAUUGCCAGCUGAUCUUUAGUUAAACCAGUAAUUGGCACUAAAAUCACCUACACAGCUGAUCUCAAUUGCAACCAUUAUUGGACACCAAUUACCUCUCCCUAAAGUGGAUGUUGGGCUUUACUCUUAGUUCUGCUUUUAAGACUAUGUUGCCCUCUUGGGUAUUAUCAGAACAAUUUAAUCCUGUUUUUUUUAGCAGAUUCAAGGUGAUUUUAAUCAAUUUGAUAAUCAUUCCGUACAUCUCAAAUAAAGUAUUUAAUUUCCUUAUUUUCCACAGCAAAUAUUCUAUUGCAGUGUAGCCUACCCUAAAUUUAUUUCCAAUUUAUGUAAUCCAUUAAUGAUUUAACUUGUCUAAAUAAAAUAUGGCAUUUUUUUUCCAUCAAGAGAGGUGAAGAACAUUUUCCUGAACUGUAGGAUACACAUUUGAAACUGUAUUGUAGGCAAUCUGUUUAUAAAAUUAUCUUGUAUUGUAUUUGGAAGUCGUUAUCUUAAUUUAAUUAAAGUGCUUCAUUUUAUA